CGAUGGUUGCUCCCCAUCUCACCGCAUGUAUGAGAUCCUCUAAUGACAAGCUGGGAGAUCCUAGUUCCUACCAAAAUCAGACCAUGACCCCAGCAUCGACGGUGCCGGCCCAGCCGCAGGGGUACAAAACGCUUCGGAAAUGAGCACCCUGCCCCACAACAACGCACCAUCGGACACCAACACACCAGACCCUGACAAACCAUCACGGAGCAAGGACAAGAAGGGCCACCACCAUUCAAAACACAGACACCGCUCCCCGGACAAGAGGAGCAAGAGCAAGGGAGGGGCGUCUGGGGAGACAGGGGCCUCCUCCAAUCAGUCCAAGAGAAAGGGCGACAAGAGCAAGAGGUCUGGUGGGGACAACCACGGCACUCACCAACACCACAACAACAGUAGCGGCCACCGCCACCGGAGACACCGCUCCCCUGAUAAGGGUCGUAGCCGGGCCCGCAGCGCAGAGAAAACCCUGGACAGUAGACAAAGCCAAGGGCACAGAGAGAGGGAAGGCCGCUCCCCUGACCGGCACCACACCCACCGCCAGCGCUCUCCCUACAGGUCCCCUCGGCGCAAUCGGUCACCCUAUGGCCACCGCUCCCCCAAUGGCCACCUCUCCCCCUAUGGUCACCGGUCACCCUACCGCUCACGCCACCACUCCCCCACCCGCUACCACCGCACCCAGUCAUCAGACCCCUACCGGCAGCCCUCCCCAUACAGACGGAGGGGCCGGGAGCCAGAGAGGCCCAACGGGGGGGUGGCACCAGUGCUGAGGAAGCCUCCAGGCCCUGUGCCCAGCCCCUAUCGUGAGGAGAGUGUGCUGCGGGAGCCUCCAGCCCUGGACCGGCUCAACAGGGAGGCCACGCUGUCGAGGGAGCCUCCCGCCCUGGACCGGCUCAACAGGGAGGCCACGCUGCUGAGGGAGUCCAGGGAGCAGCGCCUGUUUGAGGAGGAUAGCCUUCUGCUGAGGGCAUCCACCCUGGAGCGUGACUACAGAGGAGAUGGCCUGUUAUCUGCUGCUGCCCGUGGCCAGAGAGGAGAGACCAUGCCCAGGGUCCGUACCCCCGAGUCCGACAGCGCCUACAAGAGGUACAGCUCACUGCUGAGGGGCCGCUCGCCUGAGAGGGUGGAGAGAGAGGCACGCUACGCCCCCAGAGAGGAGUCCCCAGACCCCCGCUACAGAGUCCAGAGUCUGGGCAGAGACAUCUCACCUGUCAGGAGCUUCAUAGAGCUGGAGGAGGAGGAGGGAGCAACAGCACCCAGGCUGAAGGAGUCUUACAGCACACUCAAGUCUGACAUCAGCCGUGCUUCCAAAGCCCCCCCGGAGCCCAAGCGGAAGGCUUACAAAGACAGCCCCAAAGAUCUGAGCAUCUGAUGGGACGUCUGCUGUAACACAACCAGCCCCCCCCCCCCCCUCACCGCCCCACGGCACCAUGGUUCCCUCUCACUACUCAGCUCUACUCUUCAUACAACAGAACACACCUGGACCCUGGAUGAACCUAAAUUAUUGAUUAUAUUACAUUCCUGCGUUCCCACUAGACAGUGAUUCCAAAACCUACAAACUUUUAAUGACAGAAGUACAAUAUCUUAUUUUUUUUCCUUUUAGUUUUUUUGGGGUCGUUUUUUGUGAUUUGGUUAAGCAUUGUACAUCGGAAUUUUACAGAAAAUGUAAAACCACAAAAAACAAUGAUGUGCCUAACAGUUCCAUUAAUGAGCGUAUUUUUGUUUAGUUUUUGUUUGAUAUGAGACGGCCGUUUUCUCAGCCAUCUGUCUGAUGACUGGUAUGUAUUUUUCCACUGAGCCCAAGGAGGCAGGCAGCACACAGUUCCAGUGACUGGUGCCACCCACACCGAUGCUGUGCAUGUCUUUUUCUUUCUCUCCCCCAGUGCCACUGUUUUUUAGACAUUUGACCAGACUAUAGCACAAGCCUGCAUUUGUUUGUAUAUUUUUGACUGUAGUAUGUGUACAUUGAUGGGAUCAAAACGAAUGAAGGGAAAAUAAAGUUCAACUACGAUGGUGAUAAUGUUAAAAUUAAAAUAAUAUAUUAAACAUA